GGUGCGGCCAAAUCCCCGGGCCACAUGACGGGCACAUUUCUCAGCGUUUCCGCGUGAUAUUUUUUUUUUCCCGGGCGCGCCAUGCCACGGUCCAUGCUUCCACUCCAGGCUCCAGCCUACCAGCCAGACCUUCCAAUCCGAUCUUUAAAAAGGUUGCGGGGGCCGGGGGGUGGUGAAGUGAGGGAGGAGCCCAUAUCCGCGCAUGAUCCAUCCGCCCACAUGCCGUAUUAGUAGUAGCGAGCGGCCAGCGGGCGGUCACGCAAAGAAGUCAGGCGUGUGAAGCAAAGUGAGAGGGCGCGGAGAGGCGAUGACCGUCUCCACCCCCGCUCCCCGUGUAUAAAAGGCGGCGGCGCCGUCCCCUACCCACCCGCGGCCCCGCUAGCUGCUCGAGCUCAACCCAUCCACCACCCCCCAUGGCCAACCUCCCCGACGCGGACGCCGCGGGGUUCAAGCUCUUCGGCAAGGUCAUCCAGCCCCCCGACGCGCACCGCGCCGCGGAGGAGGGCGCGGGCGCGCCUCCUCCUCCUCCGCCGCCGCCGCAGCCGCCAACCCCGACGCCGACGAUGGCGGUUCUGCCUCCCGCUCCGCCCCAGUCUCCGCCGCCGCCGCCGCCGCCUCUUCAGCUGCAGGCGGCCGGCGCCGGCGCGGCGGCCGGGGGCACGGGCGACCCGCUGCCGUGCCCGCGGUGCGGGAGCCGGGAGACCAAGUUCUGCUACUUCAACAACUACAACGUGCGGCAGCCGCGCCACCUCUGCCGCUCGUGCCGCCGCUACUGGACGGCCGGCGGCGCGCUCCGCCGCGUGGCCUCCGCGUCCCCGGGCCGCCGCCGGCCGCGCCCCACCGCCCGAUCGGCCGCCGCAAUCGCGACCGCGUCCUCCGCCUCCGCCGCCGCCGCCGAGGAGGGGGGCGGGGAGCGUUGACCCGGCUGUCGUAAGGGGGCACCGUACCGGGCUUGCCCCGCUCGCUCGAGGCUUCCUCCCCGCGUGACGCCGUGGCGUGAUGCCGCGCGCCCGGGCCCACGCCUCAGUGACGGGCCGGCCGGCCGGCGCGCGGCCGCCUGCGUGGGACCCCGCGCCUCGUCGUCGCCCUUUUCACACGUAGCCCCCUCCUCGCCUUUUGGUUUUAUUAGAUUCUAUUUUUUAUACCAAUUUUAGGAUUCUUUUGGUGGCCAAAAGGAUGCGGCCGGCCAGCUGCGAGAGAGAGUUACUGUAGUAGGCAGUUAAAAAGUGAGUUAUGAAUGUACACUAGUGUACUGCUGCUGGUGCUACUGUAAAAUUCGGCAACGGUUGAAAUGGUGACUCGGAGGUGUGGCAGAUUCAGCCAUGGAACUGGAAGGAUCAUCAUCUUGUUGGGUUCACGUGUUUUUACCCUGUGCGGCGCAGUCAGUUAUUGCUAGUAUGUGCAGGUGACAUUCAAUGAAUGGAUCAUGUGAAAUCUGUGACGACAUUCAGCUGCAGGUUGAUGUAGAUCUGGAAACUUGAAUGGAAUCGGAAGGAAGUAGGUAGAAGGCUAUAAGCUGUUGUUAUCAGGCUCUUUUUGGAAUAAAUGAUCUUGUGUGGAGUUCUGAGAAAUGGUCGUUGGUUCUAAUUUUCUGAACAAGCCUCGAGUUGUGCGAAUGGAAUUGUUCCAAGAAAAGGUAAGCCUUGUAUUUCCUCUCUCAGCCCAAAACCUUGAUGACAGUGCUGCCACAGUUCAGAUGCCCUUUCCUGGUAGUGGAGGUGAACGCUUUACGGUCAGCCAGUCAUUGCCGUUUAGUUGUUGUUCUUGUCAACGUUAAGCAUUGCUUACAUUAGGACCGGUCUACCAGAUCCUCCAUGAUUUGUAAAAUAGCAGCCCCAAAGUUCAGGUGUCAUUUCCAAACAAGUUAUGUCU